ACAUUUAAACAGAACCGUGUAGCACGACCUGACAGUAACACGAGGGCACAGGCAAACCAAAAUAUUUACGGACACUCAAUCCAGGGAUUUUAUUUUGCUUGCAUCUUAUUGUAUAUAUUUGUUUUCAUUCGUGCUGGAUUUUGCGAAGACACAAUGUCCAACGUUCAGCUAUCAUGCAGUGCUCUAGAGAGGUUGGCCGCAAGGAGGACAUUUCCUCUCCACGCGCGCACCGGCGCCUGUCGUGCCCUUUUUGGACCGGUGGAUCACGACGAACUGAACCGGGAGAUGAAAUCUAAGAUGCGGGAGAUUUCCGAUAGGGACCAGCGGAUAUGGAACUUUAAUUUCGAGACCGACGUGCCACUGUCUGGGGACUACGAGUGGGAGGAAGCCCCGGUGGAUACAACCCCCGUCUUCUACCAGGACUCUGUACAAGUUGGGCGGACCAGGAUUGUUGUAGCACCGGUUAACGUAAACUCUUGCGUGGACUUUAUCCCACUAGACCCCUCGUCUCAGGAUGCAUCGUCUCUUUGUGAGGACCGUUUGGUCAGCACCGAAAGUAGGACUCCCUGCGCCUCCGAAGUCAACCAGGAGAACUGUGCAGUGAAGCUAAACUCAGGGAAGCCUACUCGGAAGCCAGUAUCGUGCGUUAGACGCAAAAGAACGUCUACUACUGAUACCACAACAACCACACAUAUUACAGACUUCUACGGGAAACGAAAAAGGACAACGACCGAGACAAAGAUGAAUGAAAGUACUUUCCAGCAUCCUUCGUCCUCAGUUCCGUUAGAACAAACUCCACGCAAGAGAAUUCGUUGAAGGAGUUGCACUAUUUUGUGAUUACGGUUUCCCCUACCGACCUGAAGAAGAGGACGGUAAACUAGGGUCGUAGAACCCGCCUCUCGACCGUCCGUCGACUUGGUGCGUCUCCAAGUGGAGCUGUAUGGAACGUAGCCUACAGUCCGUGGACUCUCAGGAUUGAACGGUCGGCAGAGAGAAUUUGCUGAAGGACUCAGACAAAAUGUAGCAUUCAUGGUUGCUUUGCAUACAGCCACUUGACAGUGUUAAUUAUUUAACAACUGUGCAAUCGUAAUUACUUUAAAUUGUCUACACUGGUCAAAAGUGUAUAGCUUUAUAAAGACAUUAUACAUGUUUAUUUCUGUUUAUUAUAUCUGAUUUGUGUAAAUAUAGGCUAUAUUUUUUAAGUCUAUUCUAACUUAUAAUUAAUUUAUGUUUCUUUAUAUUGACAAAUACCUUUGUGAUUUAGCCAAACGGCAACUUUUAAUUUUAUUUACAAAGUUUUUUAUUGUGAUGUGUUGCAAUCAUGUAGCUUUUUAUAGUACACUUGGAAAGUAGACUUCAUUGUGUUUCUGAGCCGUUUUCUAUAUUAUUGCCCAGAUUUUCUGUUUUGCAAUAGAUGCAAAUAAAAUAUUUUAAUU